UGGCAUUUUCUUUAGUUCUAGUGCACAAACAUGUCUGAUAAGUACAAGAAUUUAAAGGUUAAAGAGCUGCAAGAGUUAUUACAGAAAAGCGGUCUUCCUCAUUCAGGUAAAAAGGAGGAAUUGAUUGAACGUCUUGUUAAACACGAACAAACUGUUGAUGAAUUCGCUUCUUUGGACGAUGAAUUUGGCGAUCUUGGAGAAUUCGAUGAUUCUAAACUUGCUUUGGAUGACAUUGAAGACCCAAUUGCACCCGUUGAAGAUGUACUUGAAGAAGAAAUAAAAGAAGAGACUAAAGUGGAAUUGAAAGAGACUACUACCACACCUGUUGUAAAACCCAAUUCCAAUUUCAAAUUCACUCCCAUCGUCUUCGAUAAGACAGCCACUACUGAAGCUACACCGGUUGCUGCUCCAGUUGUAGAAGAAAAAAAGGCUGAUAAGCCAAAGUUGCCUGUUAUUCCACCAAAGGUCACCGAUGAUGCAGAAAGAGCUUUGGAACGCGCAAAGAGAUUCGGUAUUCAAUUGAACGACACUGCAAAGAAAGAUAUCCGUGCACAAAGAUUUGGUAUCCCAGCUACCUCUGUGUCUCCUAAACCAACAUCCCCCAAAGCAGCUAAAUCAACGCCAGUCAAAGCUGCUAGCAAAGGAAUCGAUCCUGAAGUACUUAAAAAGCGUGCAGAGAGAUUUGGUUUAGCCAAAACCGCAACUGAGAAAAAGACUCCUGUCGUGAAGGGUAAAGUACCUGUCAGCCUUGAUCCCGCAGAGGAAGAGAAGAAGCGAAAGAGAGCUGAGCGUUUCCAACAAAGUGAAGACGCCAAAAAGCAAAAGACGGAGUAAAUAAAUAAACACCUUUUUUUUUUUUUUUUUUGCCUUUUUCUUCCCUAAUAAAUAAAAAUACACAAGCCUUGAAAAGAA